AUGAACAGUCUUGGUAUGUUGGCGCCCGGUUCACUUCGCCACGUCAAUGAGAGGCCAUUGGGUCCUCUCCCACGUAACCAUAAUAGGACGGAGCUGCUCGCACGUUCUCAUAACGAGAAGCGAGCAUGCUUGGAAUCGCUUCGAGACUAUGGUGAAGAGUUGCACAAGUCAUUGACGAGUGCCGCUUUCAAAGACCUGCCCGACCCUGACAUGAUGAGUACACAGCCGGAAAUCCGGUGGUACAUGAGGCCGCACCUGAUUGACUUCCUAAUUCAGCUGCACUCCUUUUUUAAGCUAGAACAGGAGACGUUAUUUUUGGCUUGCACAGUGUGUGACAGAUAUCUGUCUAAGCGAAUAGUAUACGAGAAGCACUACCAAUUGACAGUCGCAACUUCACUUUGGAUAGCUGCAAAGUAUGAGGAUAAGAAGGCCGCAACUCCAAGUUUGCAAGAGUUGGUGAUGAUGUGCGGUGAGUUAUAUGAUAAGUCUCUAUUUUUGCAAAUGGAGCGGCACAUCUUGGCUACGUUAGGAUGGGAAGUUAUAGGACCAUUAAAUAUGCAAACAUGUUUGGAUUCCUGUAUCGAAUCACAGCCAUUCGUAGCCUCAGGUAAUGAAAUACCCAAGUCUCUAGUAAGUAUAGCCUCAUAUCUAUGUGAGAUAUCGCUAUAUGACAAAAAUUACCUCUACCUAUCAUCGGGAAUUAAAGUAACGUCAGCGGUGCUGCUUGCAUCUAAAAUUUGUAAUGAUGACAGGUUCACCACUUACCUUUCACAGCGUUUAGCAGAUGUCGCAGUUAACAGCCCAAAUCAGGCAUUUUACGACUUUCCAUUGACACCUGAUGACUUAAACUACUACCAUUCGCCAGGUUUUCAUAAUUUACCGUUCUUACAGUUUACCAACAGCACAAUAGAAGACAUUAGAAUGUGUUCAUUACUAUAUCUUAAGGAUCUUUACAAGCAGAGUCGAAUUCCUAAUAGUUUUGUCGCAGCAGCUAAGAAGUAUAGGGCUUCUUUCGUUUCUGUUUAUUUAGACCAGUUCACUUCAAGAUACCAGAAGUUGUUCAUUAAUUUAUUCAAGCUAGUUGAGAUGGAGGAGACCCAGGUGGAUAAUUCCGUUAUUGCCCAACUAUCUGUUACUAAAACGCAACUGAUCGAUUACUUGAUAGGUUUGACCAAUGUGGGUUCCAACAGUGAGAGUUUAUCUACUUUCGAUGAAGGUGCUGAAAAAUUCAAAAGAUUCUCAUGUAUGGCAGAAAUAGGCUAUAGUGCUGUUUCUGUUGAGAAUUCCCCAGAUUUUACUGGUAAUCCUGCUGACUUCCCUACUAGAUGCCAAUGGGCGGCACCUGGAAGACAAAGAUCUUCUUCCGCGUGUCUUUCUCCAUCCUCUUCUGCUUCUACAUCAUGGAGCUCCGUAUUCAGUGGUGGGGUGAACAAUAAUUCAGCACUGUUCCCUGGCACUGGCGACAUCUCUUCACCUUUUCAGCAUAAUCACAAAAACAAUUUGACGCUAAGUUCAGCGUUGCCAGAGGGCUCCUCGUCGGGAAUUAAUACCAUACGCAGUUAUACUCAAAAUGAUUCUAAUCUGCAUUAG